GGCAUACCAUUGACACAAGCACAUGAACAGACUGUCCAUGCUGAUAUGGAUAUGAUUUGAUUGCGCAAAGAUGAUCCACAGAAAGAUUCUACUUGGUCAGUUUGGCAAGUCAAGCUGUGAUUCAGUCUCUUUGAUCCCCAAAGAAUAUUGACGUCAAAGUAUGGGAGGAUUAUGAUGUUGCGGCUGAGAAAGAGGCGUAGCCACAGUCAUAUGCUAUGGACCGACGGUAUGAAUAUCGCCCUGAAGAAAGAGCUGGCCGAGUUGAGGGGCAAGUCCUCUUCUGCUCUCCCUGAUGAUGGCAAUGCAGGAGCAAGACGCACUGUGCUUCCCUCUGCUCGUCAACACUUCCUGCAGGAAGACGCAGCGUCCUCCUUUGGUCGCCGCUCUCGCCUACAUGCUGCUGUCUGCCAUCUCUCUCAUCACUUUCACUCUGAACCUGCUGGUCAUCAUUUCUAUCUCUCACUUCAAGCAACUACAUACUCCCACAAACCUGCUGCUCCUUUCUCUGGCCGCCUCAGACUUCUUGGUGGGCUUCCUCAUGUUGUUUCAGAUUCAUCUUCUUGACGGGUGUUGGUUUUUUGGUGACUUGAUGUGUGUUGUGUACUAUAUUCUGGAUUAUGUGAUUACGUCUGCCUCAAUAGGAAGCAUGGUGCUCAUAUCAGUCGACCGCUACUUGGCUAUCUGUGACUCUCUGCGUUAUCCCAUCAAAGUGACUCAACUAAGAGUUCAAAUCUGUGUUUUUCUGUGUUGGUCUGUUUCGUUAGUAUUCCACUGUCUUUGUUUCUUUGACUCUCUGAAGCAACCUGGCAAGUUCCACACUUGUGUAGGUGAGUGUGUGAUUGUGGUCACGUACGCUGUAGGAAUGACGGACCUCUUUUUCUCCUUCAUAUGUCCACUCGCUGUCAUUGUUUUUCUGUAUGUGAGACUGUUUGUGGUGGCUGUGUCUCAUGCCCGGGCCACUCGAUCCCACGUGGGGAUCGUCACAUUGCGCAUCCCAACUAUCAAGAGUUCUGAGCUGAAGGCAGCCAGGACCUUGGGUGUUGUGGUGGUGGUAUUUAUUGCAUGCAUCAUGCCAUAUUUCUGCAUCGCCAUCUCUGGCCAGGAUGUCAUGCUCAAUGCGUCAUCUGCGGCCUUUAUCAUCUGUUUGUUCUACCUCAACUCCUGUCUGAAUCCACUGAUCUAUGCCAUUUUCUAUCCCUGGUUCAGAAGGUCCAUCAAGAUCAUAGUGACAUUGCAGAUCCUGAAGCCUGAUUCCAGUCAGGCCAACAUAAUGUAGACAAACCAGCAUGCUGUGCAGAAUCGAACAAUUCUCCAUUUUCAUUCAAAUGUUGAUCAUUUGGUAUUGAGAGUCAUUGCUCUUUUAUUUAGUGAUUUGGUUUGUGCUGGAAACAAGCGUGCAUCCUUUCAAAAUUCAACUUGUCUCGGUCCAAACACAUUCUCCAUUGAAAGACCUCUGUUGUUUUGUCUUUGAAUUUUUUUAGUUUGUCGUGUUAUUGAUUGAAAAAAGCAUUUAGCAAAAAAAUUGUGAAAGUACAAGAUGUGUCUUUCAGGAGGAACCCAAAAGAACUGUAAAUAAAAAAAUAA